CGUCUUGCGAUUGCGAAUCUGCGCACCGCAUCUGCAACCCUAUUUAAAUCAAUUUUUAUACUAUCAAAGAUUGUUAAAAUUUAAAGAUAAUUAGAAAAAUAAUCACAAGAAAUUCUGCCAUAACAACCGAAGGUUUACCGUUCGACGUUUUCGUGAUCUUUGCUUACGAUGGGAAAGGGAUACUUUUGUGAUUAUUGCGAGAAAUUAUUCCCUGAUGGAGCCGAGAACAGAAAAAAACAUCUUGGAGGCUUUGGCCAUAAGAGGAACAAAGAACGGUACCAUGCUCAACUCGAAGGUACGCACAAUUGAAAAAGAUCUUCUUGCCAGUCGAACGAGGGAUUAGUGACGAAAUCCUUCCUUUUCGACCCAUUGCAAUGGUAUUCUGCCUGGAUCCAGGAAAAGCUUUUGGAUAUUCCAUCCCCAGUGAAUGUGGCAGCGGUUGUCGAAUGUUCUCUGCCUGCUGUAGCAGCGGACUCGGAAUUACUGCAUCAGUCUUGGGGAAGGAAGUGAAAUCGAAAAAUGAAAUCAUCGCCGGUUGUCCAAAUACCGCACUCACGGAUGGUAAAAAGCAGGAAAUCACUCCUGUCGUGCAGCUUCCUCCAUUUGGUCAUACGAUCAACCGGAAAAUAAAUAUGAAAACUACCGAUGUGGAUAUCGUAUCGCAAUUGGAGAAUCGCUGCUAUGUGGAGGAAGCGCAGUUCCUUUCUUUUGACGGAUGGACAUCGUUUGCUGCCAUCCGUCUCGGCAAUCAGCCACCACGCCUCAAACUAGUGCAGCAGUCUUUUCCUCCUGUGGCACCUCCGCUUCCUCUUUCGUACCAGUCCCAAGGAGAUAGUCCAUCUCCGAACUGGAUUUUCUAUAACUUACAGUGGCUUGGAUCAUCGGAGCAUGCCGAGUUCCUUCAAGGACGCAUAAUCCUUCUCACCAUCACCUGCAACACAACGGCAUUAUCACCCGUUAGCUGGUGUUUUCCCAUGCGCAUUGCCGGUACAUUUACGCGGCUGCGCACAUUGCCGCUGCUGAGCGCUGGAGGCCCACAUCAUGAAGGUGACCAUGUGGAAACGGGGGUGCUGGUGGCUGCGGCCUGCGGUGGGGCACUAGGGAUACUUUACGUUAUUGUCUUGGCGGUGUUCAUUACGUCGCGCUUACGCAAGAGUCGCAAAUCCAAACAGCAAUCCGAUCAGCGACCACCCAGUCAUUACGAUGUCGCAGUGGAUGGCGAAGACCUUGAGAAAAGCUCUGUCAGUACUCAGGAGCUACACCAUAUCACCGAUCCAAAGCACGAAUAUAACACAAGAUCAUAUGCCCCCUGGCCUGAAGAUAUGGCAUUUCGUUAUCGGCUUAUGCAGUUGCGCAGUCGAGGACUGGGAUCAUUGCCGAUACGAUACGUCUACAGUCCGCCGCCGUUCUUUCUCAACGAUGUUGUGAUUAUCCAGACACCUGACGUUGUCACUAAGGAUGCUGAAAUGCAUGAUGUUAUUAAAGAAAGACUGGAGAGCAAAACUCUUCCCAAGCCUCCAGUGCGCCGACGGAAACUGUUCUUCGAUCCUCGAUACUUUGAUGCUGAACAUCUGAAACACCCAACCGUGGAAGCUGAGCAAUUUCGAGCACAAAUUCACUGUAUGAUUAACGUUACGAAAAGCCGGUUGGAUAAGCGACGAUUCUUGCCUAACCUCGAAAUGAUCAACGAGGAAAGUCUUGCUCGGCGAUCUGGCACAACGUCCCCCGAUGGAACAGUUGAUUUUUAUUAUGCUGACGAAAUGGUUCGUUCCGCUCUGCGGCAGUGCCUCGUGUGGAAUCUGUGCAUCUUGUUAAUUCCUCGAUAAGAACCGGCAUCACGACAAAUAAUCGGGAUUUAGAUGCGGUUGUGCUGCAUAUGAAUAAAUCUGGAGCUCCGUCCUGUGUGCCUGAUAUAACUGCCGCCUCGAUUCCAUCUGUAGGAAUCGAGAUUACGCCGGAUCAAAGAGAAAACUGGGCAAAAAUCCUUAAAGAGGAAUGGGGCUCCAACGAAUCCAUAGUACAAAUUCCGCAUCGUCGUAGAAUUAAUGAAGUUUUCCAGAAAAACUGGGGGGCAAUUGCCGGUAGUCAGAGCUCUUUGACAUCAGUUGGACAAGGAAGCAUUGCGCGAACACCCAAUGCUACAGCUGGCAUUAAACCAGUGCAACUGCACCAUCUAAAUGAGCAUACUACGGCACCCGCACAGCCUACAGUAAAAAUAAAAACCAUUGACGAAACGGUAUCAGCGAUCAGAGUGAUCGGUGACGAUGACGACCGCGAAAGUGACAAGGGCUCCAGUCGUUCUGGUACUGGGUCCAAUCCCGAAAAAGAUUCUGGAAUCGAGGAUGAUGUUAAUAGUGAUAAACCUAACAAAGUUUCUAGUCAUAAGAUCGUGAAACCUGACAAUGUGCCUGGUAUGAUUUCGCGCAAAAAGAUUGUUAAUUCUGCUACGGUGUCGGCAGCACAAAAGCCGACAAAGAAUAAGCCGGUUAAUGGUUCCUUGCGGGAACGAAGAGUGCCCACUACCUAGAAUUUAAAGUUUAUUUUGUGUUUGUAAUUAUUGUUUGGAGGUGUAUUAUUAGAGAGACUCAGUGUAUUAAUGGUAAAUCAAUAAUAUGCGCCUUCGAUAUUAUUAAAAGCGUUGUACUGU